AUGCGAGGUUCUGAGAUCAGCCGCGAGGGUUGCCUCGAGAGACCGUUUGUGAGCAUUAUCGUGCUGGAUGAUGAUGAUGAAGAUGAAGCAGCUGCUCAGCCAGGGCCCUCCCACCCACCCCCCAAUCCGGCCUCACCCAGGGCAGAAACCCCUGGCUCCUCCGAGCCCAGUGGGGCCGGAGGAAGCAGUAGUUCGGGCGGCAAGAAAUGCUACAAGUUGGAGAAUGAGAAGCUGUUUGAACAGUUCCUUGAACUGUGUAAGAAGAAGACAGCAGACCACCCUGAGGUGGUCCCAUUCCUCUGUAACCGGCAACAACGAGCCCACUCCCCAUUUUUGGCCUCAGCGGAGUUUUGCAACAUCCUUUCUCGGGUCCUGUCACGGGCUGAGAAGCGACCUGCUAAGCUUUAUGUCUACAUCAACGAGCUCUUAACUGUCCUUAAAGCCCACUCAGCCAAGAAGAAACUGAACCUGACUCCUGCUGCUACCACUUCUAGUGAACCCUCUGGAAAUAACCCUCCAACAGACCCUUCCUCAGAUCCUCCAGAUGCUGAGACAGCUGCUUCUGAGGCCCCAAGGACUCGUGGUUCCCGGAGGCAAAUCCAGCGCUUGGAGCAGCUGCUAGCCCUCUAUGUGGCAGAGAUACGGAGACUGCAGGAGAAGGAGUUGGAUCUCUCAGAACUGGAUGAUCCUGACUCCACAUACUUGCAAGAGGCACGGUUGAAGCGUAAGCUAAUCCGCCUUUUUGGGCGCCUCUGUGAGUUAAAAGACUGCUCUUCGCUGACAGGCCGUGUCAUAGAGCAGCGCAUCCCCUACCGUGGAACCCGCUACCCAGAGGUUAACAGGCGCAUCGAACGGCUUAUCAACAAGCCAGGGCCUGACACCUUCCCUGACUAUGGAGAUGUGCUUCGGGCUGUGGAAAAGGCAGCUGCUCGCCAUAGCCUUGGCCUUCCCCGGCAGCAGCUUCAGCUCAUGGCUCAGGAUGCCUUCCGAGAUGUGGGCAUCAGACUGCAAGAGCGACGCCACCUUGAUCUCAUCUACAACUUUGGCUGCCACCUCACAGAUGAUUAUAGGCCAGGUGUUGACCCUGCACUGUCAGAUCCCACCCUGGCCCGGCGUCUGCGAGAAAAUCGUAGCUUGGCCAUGAGCCGGCUAGAUGAGGUCAUCUCCAAAUAUGCAAUGAUGCAGGAUAAAAGUGAGGAAGGCGAGAGGCAGAAGAAAAGAGCCCGGCUAUCCCAAGGCACCUCUUCCCCCUCUGCAAGUGCCCCCAAGGCCUGUUCAGAUUCUGGUGAGGGCCCUAGUGGAUUGGCAUCCCAGGAGGGACCUGCCACCUCUAAGGCUGAGACAGAUGAUGAAGAAGAUGAGGAAAGUGAUGAUGAUGAUGAUGAUGAGGAGGAGGAGGAGGAGGAGGAAGAGGAGGAGGAUACAGAUUCUGAAGAGGAGGAUCUGGAACAAAUACAGGAAUGUCAGGGGGGGAAUGAAGAAGAGGAGGAAAUAGGCAAUGAUGGAGGCAAGAGCCCCAUGUCCCCACCACAUAUUUCCUCUGAACAGAAAAACCUGGAGCCUGCCAAAGGAACAAGCAUAUCUUCAGAGGAAAAGCAAACCAAAAGACUCAAAGUAUCCACACCUUCACUGUCAGAGGAGCCGCUGGCCCUUUCCAGCACAGAUGCUGAAAGCAAUGGAGAACAGCCUGAGGAAUUGCCCCUGGAAGAAGAAAGUCCUAUGUCUCAGCUCUUUGAGCUAGAAAUUGAAGCAUUGCCUGUGGAGACCACUCCUUCUCCUGAGGAGAAGGACAUUUCCUCUUCCAGGAAGCAAACAGAGGACUCCCUCACCACUGUCCUGGAGAAUGGAGCAGCCGUGGUCACCUCCACUUCCUUCAAUGGAAGUGUGUCUCCUCACACUUGGAGAGAGUCCAGCCCUCCCAAUAAGAAAUCUCGGAAGGAGAAGGAUACAAGAUCAGGGCCAUUGGAUAGCUGUGUGGAAAGGCAAAGUAUAGUACCUGAGAAAAAUGGAAAGCGGAUAUGUACCUUCCGCAGCUCACCUUCACCCUUGGCAUCUGUGGCCCCAGUUGCUGAUUCUUCGACAAGAGUGGACUCUCCCAGCCAUGGCCUAGUGACCAGCUCCCUCUGCAGCCCUUCUCUACUCAGGCCACCCCACUCCCCCCAGUCGCAAGUCCCCGGACCUGGUACUUGCAAGAUGAGUGUGGCCACACAGUGCGAUCCAGAGGAGAUCAUCGUGCUCUCAGACUCUGAUUAA